AUGCCUGCAGAGAUUCGAAACGAAGUCUAUCAGUAUCUUCUGCCGGAUGUUACCAGCCUGCGAGACGUUACUGGUCUUCUUUGCGCUUGCAAGCAGAUCCGUCAAGAGCUGUCCAGCAUGAUAGUUGCCGAGAGCCAGAUCGUCAUGAACCGUGCAGUACAGAAGAGUAUCGAUCUGGUCCAGGUCGCUUAUCCUACCACUGAGGUAAAUGCGGUUAUCGGCGCGCCCAAGAUUCAGACGCACUCCCACCUUUGCAACGUAAACGUCAAUCUCGGAUUGCGCGAUACCGACUCGCAGACUACCGACACAGAUGUACCAACCGUAUACUUCGACGAAGUCUUCAGCUCCUUCCGCGAAUUACUGAGCCUACAUCUACCCUACGUUACCAUCAAUGUCCCUGCCACGAUCGCCAAUGACGCCAGCAUAGCCGAUCCCGAACUUCGACGUCGCCUGCUAGACUCAUGUGUUCUUACCUUCAGAAGACUGGAAGAGACUCCAGGGGUGACUCUGAAUGUGCAACACGUUGUAUUCGAGAUUCGGAAUCAAAAGUGGGAUACCGCGGCUCUCGUAUAUAACCCCAUCGUGGUGUUCCUCUUCUAUCGCAACUCGAUCGACUUCGACUCUAUACCCGAGGCAAUGAAAGAAGAAGUCAACAGUCUAGACAAUAUCUGGAAAGCGACCCCCCAGGAGUGUGUGGAUGCGUAUUAUGAGCAUGAGUCUGCGCAGGGCGUCAAGCUAUGUUCUACCGUGGAAUCUACGUCCGAGUUCAACCAUCUCAAAUGCGUGUGCAAACAACUCUACAAAGGAACCAAACACUUGUCACUGUUACACAACGAUAUCGUAUUCGCCCAAGACAACGUAUGCGCUCAAGAUGCUACUCAUUAG